UGGAAAAUAACACUAAGAAAACCCGCGUGAGGAAAUAGGGGAGUAUAGGAGAAUGAAUGUGUGAUCCCGGCAAAUACAAAUUGUCAGUUUAUAAAGGAGCAGUCAACGCAUAUAUUAAACAGGAAACAAUAACUAGUUAGAAAGCGAAUAUCAAAUUUAUAGUGCAGGGAAGAAAGGAUAUACGGGUCAUGAGAUGUUCCAAAAAUGAAAACCGUUAACUGUUAGGAUGAUAGAGGUACCUGGCAAUCCUUAUCCCUUAUUAUCUGCAUAGGACGGAUUUACAACGAGUAACCAUUUAUAAACAUGUCUGACACAUGGAGCUCUAUCCAGGCUCACAAGAAGCAACUGGACAGUCUGCGGGAACGGCUACAGCGCAGGAGGAAAGAUGUCACUUCUCAGCUGGUUUUGGACCUUCAGAGCCAGGAAGGCAGUUUGGGGACAACUAUUCGCAGCGACAGCCCAAUCCCUUCUGCUCCACCUCAGCCCCCAAAGGCACCCAGUGGGCCUGCAGAAGUGACUCCAGAUCCUGAAUUGGAGAAAAAACUCUUGCAUCACCUCUCGGAUCUCUCGCUUGCUUUGCCUGUUGAUUCUGUUUCAAUUCAGCUUGCUAUUGCCACGCCAGAUUUCCCUGUCACACGUCAGGGAGUAGAGAGCUUGUUACAGAAAUUUGCUGCUCAGGAACUCAUUGAGGUGAAGGGAGGAGUUUUGGAGGAUGAUGAUCGUCCCACUAUAGUUACAUUUGCUGACCAUUCCAAGCUUUCUGCCAUGAUGGGGGUUGUCACCGAGAGGAAAGGAAAUGCAAAUCCACCUCUAGCCAAGAAGAGAAGGCUGCAGGAGAUAGAACCUCAAGCCUCACAGUCCUCUUCCUCUAUUUCUGCAACCUCCAGUGAAAAAAAGACUUCGGAACCACAGAAAAAGGCACGAAAGAUUGCAUCCAACUUGGAUCUGGAGAUUGAAAGCCUUCUUAAUCAACAAUCAACCAAGGAGCAGCAGAGUAAAAAGGUAAGCCAGGAGAUCCUAGAGCUUCUGAAUACUAGCACAGCCAAAGAACAAUCCAUAGUGGAGAAGUUCCGCUCCCGAGGAAGAGCUCAGGUCCAAGAGUUUUGUGAUUAUGGGACCAAGGAAGAGUGUAUGAGAGGAGCAGGCGCAGACACUCCAUGCAGAAGGCUUCACUUCAGGCGCAUCAUUAACAUGCAUACUGAUGAGUCUCUGGGGGACUGCUCCUUCCUCAACACAUGUUUUCAUAUGGACACUUGUAAAUAUGUUCAUUAUGAGAUUGAUGCCUGGGUGGAACCUGGGGGCACUGCACUUGGGACUGACCCCAUCCCUAACCAAGAAACACCUUUAGUCAAGGCAGUAGGAGACCCCAGUGUUGGACGAUUAUUCCCUUCACAGUGGAUACGCUGUGACAUCCGCUACCUGGAUAUGAGCAUUUUGGGAAAGUUUUCAGUGGUGAUGGCUGACCCUCCUUGGGACAUCCAUAUGGAGCUGCCAUACGGUACGCUUACCGAUGAUGAGAUGAGGAAGUUGCAGAUUCCAGUACUGCAGGAUGAUGGGUUCCUCUUCCUCUGGGUGACUGGGAGGGCCAUGGAGCUGGGCCGUGAGUGCUUGAAACUUUGGGGAUAUGAGCGAGUGGAUGAGAUAAUCUGGGUAAAAACCAAUCAGUUACAGCGUAUUAUUAGAACCGGACGUACUGGUCACUGGUUAAAUCAUGGAAAGGAACACUGCUUGGUUGGGGUUAAAGGAAACCCUCAGGGUUUUAACAGAGGACUGGAUUGUGAUGUUAUUGUAGCAGAGGUACGCUCCACCAGUCACAAACCUGAUGAGAUUUAUGGAAUGAUAGAACGUCUUUCUCCUGGGACACGCAAAAUUGAGCUUUUCGGGCGGCCUCAUAAUGUGCAACCAAACUGGAUUACUUUGGGCAACCAAUUAGAUGGAAUUCACCUUUUAGAUCCAGAUGUGGUGGCAAGGUUUAAGCAGCAAUAUCCAGAUGGAGUAAUCUCAAAGCCAAAGAACAUGUGAAGCUUAUUAUAAACAUCACACCUGGGGUGCUGUAAUCAAGGAAUCUGAAUACACUGUGUAUAUUAUACAUAUACUUUCAUAAUAUAUAAAAAUUAUACUGUAAUUUUAAUUUUUUUUUUUAUUUCAAGUUCUGUAACUUUUUUUAGUGAAAAAAUAAAAGCUGACAUAAAAAAGGA